AGGGGCCAAACCAGGAACAAGAUUCCAGAGGAUGCUUCUCUAGGCGAAAUUUCUCUAUGCAGGAUUCCACAAGAAGGAUUGUCUGGAGAAUGAACCAACCACAAAUGGAUCAGAACAGGACUGCAGAGAUCCUCCUUUCAGUUUCCUGUACGAGGUUCAAGUUUGAAAUUUGCUGCGUUGUUGGAGUGAUUUCUAUUAUCUUGCUUUUCUCUGGAAUCUCAAUUUGCAUGUGGCAGACCUCUUGCAAAAAUGCGAGGAAGAAAAUCAACCGAAGAAAAUCAUCCAACUCUGAUUUGAAAAGUGUGAACUGUGAAAUGAAUAACCUUCUGAAUAACAUAUCUGAAAACACAGAAAAAAUCAAGAAUGAGGAUCUAGAGAAACAGAUUUACGAUCUGAAAUUAGAGAGCAGACACAAAGAUGAGACUAUCCGUCAACUACAGGAGGACAUCCGAUCUACGGGUGACGUCUACCAGCAUGACAAGACAACAAAUUUCCAAAGUUCUUCUGAAUCCCAGCAGAAUAUUCUGAGAUACUUCACCCAAACUCCAGACCUCAACACAGACACCAAAAAGAUCCAGAAAAAGUUUUCAAAACAUGGAAAAUCUGGUCAUGAAAAGCCAAACAGCAAACUGAGUCCUGGUCGAUCAUCGAAAAGAGAAUUAGAUCAAAGCAACAUGUCAACUUUGGGUGCCUCAGGUUCUGCAGCUGGCCUCAGGCUUCUUGGGGCAGUCAAGGAAACAAAUGUCCAUCCCACAAAUGAUCACUUAAUUAAUGGUGAUUAUAGUGACACAGUGGUUCACCGCAGACAUUUUUCAUGGCCUUUAAAUCCUUUAGAGUCUAUUAACCGUUAUUCUCCUCUGGCUGAUAUGACAGAAGAGUAGCAACGUUUGGAUAAAUGUAUUUUUUUCAUGGCUACUUAUACCUGCACCUCUCAUUAUCCCACUGCCUUCUUUCAGCAGUCAUGUUGGAUAAUACUAAAAAAAGUAAUAAUAAUACCAUUAAUAAUAAAAAAAAUUGUCAUGCAGUACUCCUGGUCACUUAUGAAACUCUUGGUUUUAGCUACUGUCUCUUUAUACCAACAACAAAUUGGUUAUAUGUGUGCUUAAUGUGUUUUAAUGUCGAGAACAUUCCAAGA